GUGACCAGCCGGGGGCAUCUCACCAGCACAAACCCCGCCGUGUGAUCGGCCUAAAGCAACAGGAUUCAUACCAAGACUAAAAAAAAGAAAGAAAGAAAAAUAAAGGCACAAAAUACUGAAGGCAAGCUGAAAGGCAGGUCAUUUAGUUUCAUCCUAAACCAUGGGGUUCACGCGCCUUGCUGUGAUGCUGUCUGUCACCAUGAUUCACCUAGUUUCAGGUAGAAGCCUUUUGACUCCUGAGCUUGAUACACCACCAACAUCAACCCCAGACUCUUUACCACUGGGGGACGUGAUCCAUGCUGCUCUGCAGAGUAAAGAAUACUUAGGACAGGCUUCCGGGACAGGUACUACCACCAAUCCAACGCAGGCUGUGCCUGGACUUGGGCAGACUGAGUCAACAGCAACAGGCAUAUCACCAGGGCUACUCACCACAGUGUUAAGUUCCUCUUCUGCUGCUAGCCAGUCAGGAUUGAGGAAUCCCAUGUCUUCGCUGCCCAUAGAAGAGGAAACAACCACUACUCUGAUUACCACAACGACCAUAACCACAAUGCACAUGCCAGUACAAUGCAAUGCCACUUUGUCAGCGAUGGAGGAUGUUGUCGAAUCACCAGAUCCUGGAUCAUCAUCCUCUUUUUCCCCUCUGGAAUGCACCUACAGCAUUACUGUGUAUCCAGGUUAUGGUGUGGAAAUUAAGGUGAAGAAGACAAACCUCUCAAAGGAAGAGUCUCUGAUGAUCAUGGGUUACAGAGGUUCAGGACCGGAGCUGUUAGCCAAUGAGACCCUGAUGAAAGAGGGCCAGGUGAUUCGCAGCACGACUAAUCAGGUGUACAUUCACUAUCGCAGUCUCCGACAGUCCAACCAUGGCACAUUCAGCCUCCACUAUCAAGCCUUUCUGCUGUCCUGCCCGUUCCCCAUGUCACCGGAGGGUGGCGGAGUGACGGUGACUGACAUCCACCCCGGAGGGCUGGCACACUUCCACUGUGAACCGGGUUUCCAGAUUCGUGGCCAUGAGGUGGCAACAUGUCUCAACUCAACACAACCGCGCUGGAGCACUCCUGAACCUCAGUGUGUUGUUGUAUCUUGCGGAGGGUGGAUUCAUAAUGCAACUGUUGGACGACUACUGUCUCCACCUCCUCCUUCCAACCACAGUAAUGGAAAUAAUCUGAGUUGCCACUGGUUAAUAGAAGCCAAGGAAGGACACAGAGUCCACCUACACUUUGAGAGGAUUGCGCUGGAUGAAGAUGACGAUAAGUUAAUUGUGCGAAGUGGAAACAGUUCCUUGUCCCCGCCGCUGUUUGACUCAGAUCUGGAUGACGUCCCAGAGCGUGGUCUGCUGAGCGAGGGCUCAACGCUGUACCUGGAGCUCACAGCUGACUCUUCCUCCAUUCCCCUGCUGCUGGCGCUGCGAUAUGAAGCAUUUGAUGACGAGCACUGCUGGGAGCCCUACAUGCCUCAUGGGAAUUUCAGCACCAGUGACAUCACAUAUCAGCUGGGCACCACUGUUGCCUUCACCUGCUCUCCAGGCUUCGUCAUGGAGCAAGGUUCAGGGACUAUUGAGUGUAUUGACCCCAGCAAUCCCCACUGGAACGACAGCGAACCCGUGUGCAAAGCUCUCUGCGGCGGGGAGCUGACUGAGCCUUCGGGUACUAUCCUGUCCCCUGAUUGGCCCCAGAGCUACUCUAAAGGGCUAGAUUGUGUGUGGCAGAUCCACGGCAACGAGGAGAAGCGCAUUGAAUUGGAUGUCCAGAUUUUAAAUAUUCGCAACACCGAUGUGCUGACAGUUUUCGAUGGCCGUGAUCUGAUGUCCCGCGCGGUGGGGCAGUACCUGGGCUCCAAGGAGCGUUUCCGCCUCACAUCCGGUGGGUCAGAAGUCACCAUACAGUUUCAGAGCGAUCCAGAUGACUCCACUUUCAUCAUGAGUCAAGGUUUCCUCAUCCACUAUCGCGAGGUUGAGCCUAAUGACACCUGCCCCACCCUCCCUGAAAUUGAAUUUGGCUGGAUCAGCUCCUCCCACUCCCCCCCUGUCAGAGGCAGCGUGCUGACCUAUCAGUGCCAUCCUGGUUAUGACAUCAGUGGCUCAGACAUCAUCACCUGCCAGUGGGACCUGUCCUGGAGCAGCACUCCACCAACCUGUGUUAAAGUCCAGCAGUGUCCUGAUCCAGGAGAGGUUGUGAACGGAGCACGUUCUGUGCGUCCUGAGGCUGGUUUUGCUGUCGGGACAGUAGUGCGUUUCUCUUGUAACCAGGGUUACCAGCUGGAAGGUCCCAGCCAAAUCGCUUGCCACGGACGAGACACUGGCAACCCCAAAUGGAGUGACCGGAGCCCGAAGUGUGUCUUGAAAUACGACCCGUGCCCAAACCCCGGAGUCCCUGACAAUGGUUAUCAAACUUUGUACAAGCACAGCUACCAGGCUGCAGAAACUCUGCGUUUCUUCUGUUAUGAGGGUUAUGAACUCAUUGGGGAUGUUUUUAUAACGUGCAUUCCCGGCCAUCCAUCUCAGUGGAACAGGCCGCCGCCCUUUUGCAAAGUGGCAUAUGAGGAGCUUCUGGAUGAACACAAAUCAGUGUCCCACUCAUUUGAACCAUCCCAUCAGAUCCUGAGUGAAAACAUCGCUUUGGCAAUAAUUCUUCCAAUCGUCCUGGUCAUCCUCCUGAUUGGAGGAAUCUACAUGUACUACACAAACGUUUGCAGACUAGAGUGGAAGCCUUUAUUCUGGAAGUCUCUUUCUCACACACACUCCUACAGUCCCAUCACAGUUGAAUCAGAUUUCAACAACCCUCUCUAUGAAGCAGGGGAUACGCGGGAAUAUGAAGUGUCCAUUUAAGAAGAAAUCGUCCCAGUGAGAAUAACAAACCACAGAAGGAUCAAAUUCUUAAUGAAAUUCUUUUGUAUCAAUAAAGGCCUCACCCCCCUCAUUAUUUAUUUAUUUAUUUAUCUAUUUAUUUAUUUAUUUAUUUAUUAUGUUUGUAUUCAUCAGCUCUGUGAAUUUAGUUUAUCAGUCAUGGAAGUGCUUCACGAGUAUUUUGAUUUCUCUGUACAGAUAAGUUGAAUGUGAGUCCAACUUCUUGGUCAAACUUUCUCUUUCAUUAGGACUGGUGCCUUAUGAUGGGUUAAAAAAAAAAGAUUAUUAAGCCCUGGUAAAAGGGGGGGGGAGCUUAAAAGGAAAUUUAAUAAUUUAUUUUGUUAAAUCAUUAUGAGGCCAAAGCAUCAGAGAGCAUGGCCAUAUUUUAUUUGUAACAAUCAAACGUUACAGUCAUGACCAUAUAAUACAAACUGAAUGUUUCUCUUUAAUUAUCUUAAGUGGCUUUUAGUUUUUUUUUUUUUUUUUUUUAAUUUUCACAGUGGGAAGUUUUAAAUCAGCAUCCAUUUUCUUCUCAUUACUUUUUCUCACUGUAUGUAAAACAGUCACACAAACUGAAUGUAAAUAUCGGACUUCAUGUUGGCUGAGGUUGAUAUAUAUACUUAAUUAUAUAUAAGCCUCAAAUAUAUAUAUAAACAUACAUGGUGGCGGGAGGUUGUAUAUUUUCAUUAUAUACAUAUAAUGAAAAUUCAGUGCCAAAAUAUAAUGUUAAAUAAUUUAAUGUCCCUAAGUGUCUCAUCUGUUGUUGAAAUGGUGUUUACAGACGCAGUGUUUUUCAUUUAUUCUCUGCUGUUUCUGUCAUCACCCAAUGUCACACCACAUCCUGUAUAAGAAAAGGUGAGGACAUGAAUGUCAUUAAGCUUUCAAGCAUGCACUGAUUGUAAAUGAAAUUGCUUCUGCUCAAUCUCACCAUUGUCAUUAAGUCAUUAAAGUUACUGACAGCUGUCAUUGUUAUCGAAUUUGAUGUUGUAUGCACUAUGUUGAUGAAAAAUUCCAAAUCUGGCUGCUUGCUGUGCUGCAUUAUGUAUUUAUUUACAAAUGAUUGUUUGGAUGGUGAAUGUAGCAUCGUUCACUGUGCCAAAUGAAGAAUCUUGGAGACAGUUGCUUUGUAGAAUUAAUUCUUCUAUUACCAUCAGUAGCAAUUCUUUGCUUUAUAUAUAAACACACUCUUCUGAAGGCAGUGAAUCUUUUGCUGAAUUGGAAAUAAAGUCUCUGUUGA